UCUCUCUGUCUCUCUCUCUCUUUCUCUCUCAGGAAAAACAACAAAAGAAAAUGGAGAAAAACGCUACCCUAACCGGGCUCUUGAAGCAGGCCGCCGCGGAAUUUCCGUCCCGGCGGGCGCUGUCACUUUCCGGCAAGUUCAAUCUGACGCACGCCCGGCUGCAAGAGCUCAUCGAAGAGGCCGCCUCCCGCCUCGUUGCCGCCGACGUCCGCACGGGCGACGUCGUCGCCCUCACCUUCCCGAAUACCGUCGAGUACGUGAUAAUGUUCUUAGCCGUGAUCCGCGCCGGAGCCGUCGCUGCGCCGUUCAACGCGGCUUACACGUCGGAGGAGUACGAGUUCUACCUCUCCGAUUCGGAAUCCAAGCUCCUCCUCACCAACAAGGAAGGCAACGGCGCGGCUCAAGCCGCCGCCACCAAGCUCAACAUCCCCCACGCCACCGCCACGCUCUCUCACCCCAGCAGCUCCAUCGCGAUUUCCCUGACUCCCGCCGACUCGACGCUCGACUCAGUCUCCCUACCCGCCAACGACCCGUCCGACGUGGCGCUGUUCCUCCACACCUCCGGCACCACGAGCCGCCCCAAGGGCGUCCCGCUGACUCAGCACAACCUCGCCGCGUCGGUCCAGAACAUCAAAUCGGUCUACAAACUCACUGAGUCGGACUCGACCGUCCUAGUCCUGCCUCUCUUUCACGUUCACGGCCUGCUAGCCGGCUUGCUCAGCUCCCUCGGCGCCGGAGCCGCUGUGACCCUCCCUGCCUCCGGUCGCUUCUCUGCCUCAACCUUCUGGGCCGACAUGAAGGCGUACAGUGCCACGUGGUACACCGCAGUUCCCACCAUCCACCAGAUCCUCCUCGAUCGCCAUGUCAUCAAGCCCGAGCCGGCCUACCCGAAGCUGCGGUUCAUCAGGAGCUGCAGCGCGUCGCUGGCGCCGGCAAUCCUGGCCCGGCUCGAGGAUGCGUUCGGCGCGUCGGUGCUGGAGGCGUACGCCAUGACGGAGGCGUCGCACCAGAUGGCGUCGAACCCGCUGCCGGAGGACGGCCCCCACAAGCCAGGGUCUGUGGGGAAGCCGGUGGGCCUGGAGAUGGCGGUGCUGGACGAUAAUGGCACUGUGCAGCCGGCGCAAGUUAGCGGAGAGGUGUGCAUACGGGGUCCAAACGUAACAAAGGGGUACAGAAACAACCCCGAGGCGAACAAGGGGGCCUUCAGGUUCGGAUGGUUCCACACAGGUGAUUUGGGCUAUCUGGACGCUGACGGAUACCUCCAUCUCGUCGGACGGAUUAAGGAGCUCAUCAAUCGCGGAGGCGAGAAAAUAUCUCCAAUAGAGGUGGACGCGGUUCUUUUGUCGCAUCCGGACGUUGCGCAGGCCGUGGCUUUUGGCGUUCCCGACGACAAAUACGGCGAAGAGAUUAAUUGCGCGAUCAUACCGAGGGAAGGGUGUGAGAUAGACGAGGCGGAGGUGCUGAGGUUCUGCAAGAAGAAUCUGGCGUCGUUCAAGGUACCUAAGAAGGUCUUUAUCACCGACUCCGUCCCCAAGACAGCCACGGGAAAGAUCCAACGACGGAUCGUAGCUGAGCAUUUCCUCGCUCAAAUCUCAGCCGCUAAAGUCCCCAAGUUCGGCGCUUAGAUUAUAAUGAAGAAAAAGACAAAAAAAAAGGGUGGAAGAUGUUUGCUUUCGUGGAUGUAUUAGUGUUGGUAAUGAAAAUCAUGACCGUAAAUAAGAAAAAGAAAAUGAUUAAUUUCAUUAA